UCAUUUUUUUCCUUUUAUUUAAAAGUCAUAACAUAGUAUGAAAUGUGAAGAAUUUUUUUAUUAUGCCAAUAAAUUCAAAGGUUUCAUUUUGUAACGAUUAAAUAUUCAGGACUUAACAAUGUCAAUCGUAAGGACAUGCCCGGGCCUUUACUGCGGGCGUACAGAGUUCGAUGAUGGCUCUUGGAGUGAAUGUGGUGCAUGUCCUAGGGGUUUUCGCACUAAUGAUACAAGCUACUGCGUUGAAUGCACUGAUGAACCAACAUUAUACGAUUGGCAAUACCUGGGCUUUAUGGUUCUUUUGCCUUUAGUUUUACAUUGGUUUUUUAUCGAUAUGGUUGCAAGUAGUGAUCGCAAAAGCUCAAUGGCAGCGCAGCAUAUAUGUGCAUUUAUUGAAAUUCUCUCAGGGACACUUGCAGCACUGCUAGUUUUACCACCUACUGGCUCUAUAAUCCUUCAUGUUUGUACACCAAAAGCUUUAUCAGAUUGGUAUACUUUAUUGCACAAUCCACAACCAGACUAUAAGGAGACUCUUCAUUGCACACAGGAAGCUGUGUAUCCCUUAUACACACUAGUGCUCCUGAUUUAUGCAUUUAGUCUUCUGAUGACGGUAACAAUACGUCCGUUCCUACUGGCCUGGCAUAACACAAACUCGGGGAAAAAGGCUAUAUAUUGUGCGCUAUACUUUUACCCGAUACUCGUACUUAUCCAUACAGUUGCGGCCGGCUUGAUUUAUUGUGCCUUCCCAUACAUAGUUAUAAUAAUAUCAAUGAUAACUUCGGCAUCGCACUUCUCAAUCAAAUUUGAUCAAUCGGCUCCCGCUUUAUUGAUGUCAUCGGUUACAAAUGUCAGAAACUUAAUCAUACUCCUUGGACAUUGGUUGAUUCAUGCGUAUGGGAUCAUAUCGCUCACUGGUUUCAAAGAGCUAUGGUACUUAACACUUGUACCGACACCAGCUCUGUUCUAUAUCCUGACCGCUCAGUUUACCGAUCCAAUGAAGAUACAUAAUGAUUGAUUCAAAGUGUCCUUGAAAAAGGAGCGGUUGGUAGACAUCAUCGGGCUGUUAUCUCAUGGAGGAGGUGGAAUGGAGAUUGAGUUGGGCGUCAUAGAUUAGGGUAGGAGAUUGUGUCGAGGGAAUAAUUUUUAAUCUGUGCAUUUUUAAAAAAGUAUAUGCAUUGAAAUUUAAUAAACAGACAUGCAACAAAACUGUUUUACAAAAAUGUCAUCCAUGUAGAUGUAAGGUUAAAAGAAUUAUGCUGAUAUUAAAAUAUAGAUGUUAUUUAUUAAAUCAUAAUUAAAUAAA